CCAGAUUAAACACUGUAAAUAUUACCAAACAGCAUUACCAAGCAAAACCACGAAUUCAGUUACCCGUAGAACACCAAAUCCGCUUUUACAAUGUCAUCGUCAAAAGUGGCUGUGGUCACCGGCAGCAACAAAGGCAUCGGCUAUGCGAUCGUUCAAGGUCUGUGCGAAAAAUUCGACGGCGUCGUGUACCUAACAGCCCGAGAUGUUAACCGAGGUCAAGAAGCCGUGGCCAAACUCAACCAACUCGGGCUUAAACCUAGUUUCCACCAGCUUGAAAUUACAGACGAAAGCAGCAUAACCAAAUUCAGAGAUCACCUCGUACAAAACCACGGAGGUAUCGAUAUUUUAAUAAAUAAUGCAGCCAUAGCUUUCAAGAGAACUGCAACCGAACCUUUCAGCGAGCAAGCCGUAAUUACUAAUUCCGUAAACUACUACGCGACUUUAAAAGUCUGCGACAUUCUCUUCCCGAUUUUGAAGAAGAACGCUAAGGUCAUACAUGUCUCAAGUUCAGAAGGACACUUAUCGAAGAUACCCUCAGCCACCCUAAGGUCGCAAUUCAACGACCCGUCGUUGACCGUCCCCAAACUCAACCAGUUGGUGGAAAAAUUCAUCCAGGAUGCCAAAAAUGAUAAACACAAGGAGGCGGGCUGGGGAACUUCUUCCUACGCUGUGUCGAAAGUGGCAGUCAGCGCUUUGACCAAAAUACAACAACGGAACUUCGACCAAGAGACCCCCAACAGAAAUAUCUCUGUCAAUUCGGUGCACCCUGGGUACAUUAAGACCGACAUGACGGGUCACACUGGAUUCGGGACCAUCGAAGAAGGCGCCCGAGCUCCCCUAUUUUUGGCCCUUGAAGCCGAAAAUCUGAAAGGCCAGUACAUUUGGAAAGACGGCACAGUGGCCCAGUGGGACGCCGAAAAGCCGCCAGCUCCGUUUUAAAUUUUUGUUGUUAUAAAAAAAAAAAAAUUUUACCCCUUG